AUGUCGCCGAAUCAUUGUAGCGUUUAAUGCCCAACCUUUCAAUAGAGUUUUGCAGCGAUUAGUGGAGCACUUCGACCUGGCACUCCGAGCGCAUCGGCUGUACUUCUGCACGAUGUCCGAGAAUAGAGUCAUCCAUAUGUGGAUGCGCUGUCUGAUGCCACUGCUGCUGGCCAACUGCAUUGCGGCGAAUCCCAGUUUCGAGGACCCUAACCGUAGUCCGGAUAUGGAGGCGAAGGACAGCAGCGUGGUGGAUACUAUGGGCAUGGGCAUGGGCGUCCUGGAUCCCACGCAGCCAAAGCAGAUGAAUUACCAGAAGCCACCCUUGGGAUACAAGGACUACGAUUACUAUCUGGGACCUCGACGAAUGGCGGAUCCCUAUGGGGCCGAUAAUGAUCUGAGUGCCUCGUCAGCCAUUAAGAUUCAUGGCGAGGGCAAUUUGGCUUCGCUGAACAGGCCGGUCAGUGGAGUUGCCCACAAACCACUGCCCUGGUACGGCGAUUACUCCGGCAAACUGCUGGCCAGUGCUCCACCGAUGUACCCAUCCAGGUCCUACGAUCCCUAUAUUCGCCGCUACGACAGAUAUGAUGAGCAGUACCAUAGGAAUUAUCCACAGUAUUUUGAGGACAUGUACAUGCACCGGCAACGCUUCGAUCCGUAUGAUAGCUAUAGUCCCCGGAUACCGCAGUACCCGGAACCCUACGUUAUGUAUCCCGACCGAUAUCCGGAUGCCCCACCUUUGAGGGAUUAUCCGAAAAUGCGGCGCGGAUACAUUGGUGACCCAAUGGCGCCCAUCGAUUCCUACAGCAGCAGCAAGUACGUCUCUUCAAAGCAGUCUGAUCUGAAUUUUCCGGUUCGUAACGAACGCAUCGUAUACUACGCCCACCUGCCGGAGAUCGUACGGACACCAUAUGAUAGUGGAUCCCCGGAGGAUCGGAACUCGGCGCCUUACAAGCCGAACAAGAAGAAAAUCAAAAACAUUCAGCGGCCUCUAGCGAAUAAUUCUACCACCUAUAAAAUGACGUUGUAGAUGGGCUUUUAGAAUGUAAGAUAUAUUUUUUUUUUAUUAUUCAUUAUUCGAAUGCAUUUGUAGUUGUCACCCAUGGAAAUUAGCACCAAGUUCAGUGUACCAGCACAUUGAUUAAAAAUAUUGAGUAAGCUUAAGCUUAUUAGCAUUUUUGAUGAUUUUGCAUAUAUAUUUGCAUUUAAAUUGUUUCACUCACUUCUCAUAUUUCAUAAGGCUUUUUUUUUGUCGAUUUAUAGGAUCAAUAUAAGCGCUAAAAAACUAUAUCAUAUUUGAAUAAUAUAUUUCUUUAAAAUAUAAUC